CUCCAGUGUGUGCUGUAGAGACUGUGGAGAUGAACUUAACAGACCUCAUACACAGCCAAAACGAAAGCAAACACACGAGCGUCGCGUUUUCACGGACAUGGAUCUUUCUAAUGGACCUCUUUAAGCGAUGGAAAUCACAUGACUCUUCUAAAUAGAUGCUGCUUUUUUAUGGUGCAUCGGUCUAAUGGACAUAACUCUAAAAAAUGACUAUGACUUCACUGUCUGAAAGUUUGGUGGCUUCAGACCCCUCAAAAUCGGCUUUUCUGGAGUUCAGUCACGGUUACCAGUCUCACCAGCAGCAUUCGCCCGGCGUGACUCACGCGCACUAUUCGGUGCACGGUUUGCAUCAAGGCGCACAUUCGCAGUACGAUGCGGCCUUCUCCUCGAGCGCAGCUUCAUACGGCCGUCCGCUCUCUUACCACUAUCCCACAGCCCAUCACCACCCCGGAGCUUACCUACCCUAUCAACACAACAACGCAGUCGGCCAUUCAAGAGCAGAGGAUGCAGAUUCCGAGAAGCAAAGUUCCAUUGAAAGUGGAGAGAUACGGCUGAACGGGAAGGGGAAGAAGAUUCGCAAACCCCGCACGAUCUACUCGAGCUUACAGCUGCAGGCGCUCAACCAGCGCUUCCAACAGACCCAGUACCUCGCGCUGCCGGAGCGCGCCGAUCUGGCGGCCAAGCUGGGGCUGACACAAACACAGGUAAAGAUAUGGUUCCAGAACAAACGUUCCAAGUACAAAAAGAUCAUGAAGCAUGGCUCAAGUGGACCAGAAGGAGAACACCUUCAAGCAGCUUCUGCAACACCGUGUUCACCAGGAAUGCCACCCCUGUGGGAUGUUUCCAUGUCAACCAAAGGUGCUCCCAUCCACUCUGGAGGAUAUCUGAACUCUUUUGGGCACUGGUACCCUGGUCAUCAUCAAGACCCAAUGGCCAGAACUCAGAUGAUGUGAUGGGACGUUUAGGACAAUCUGCAUACCCUCUACUGACUCGACCAGUUCGCUCUGCUUCAGAUCACCAGCCCUUUUUAGCACUGUUUACUCACAGCCAAACUUUCUUCAAGUUCCUCCCCAGUAUUUUCUUCAUGAAGAUUUACAAUGCUGACAUUUUUGCUUGCAGGUUUUUUGUGGUGGAUUUUUAUUUUUAUUUUUUAAAGACUGAAUAAGCAACUUAACCUAAAUGUGGAUUUUGUAAACUCUUGUAAAUUUGAAUAAAAUGCCAUUGUCUGA